AUGCGCACGCCCCCGCGGAGGGCCAGCCGAAACUCUGGAUCCGGCUUUGGAAAGCGGAUCAAGGUCGCUAAGAAGCCGUUCAGCCCCGAGCCCGCGGAGAAGAAGAGGAAGGAGAACAAGAGCGCGUCGGCGGGUUCCCGCGACGGCGACGGCGAUGGGAAGAAAUCGAGGAGAGGGAGAGCCACGGGUCAGGGCCGGCGCAGGAACGGGAAGGCGAAGGACGACGAACCGGUGAAUAAGCUGUCCACCAUUCGCAGAGAGCAGCACCACAUCGAUGCCUAUGAGAUGGACGGAUGGAAGGGAGCGAGCCGCGAGAAGCUCCGCCCCGCGGACGAGAUUCGCAAGUCGCAGGUCAAGAUCUUCAACUGCAAGCUAAAGGUUCGCGACAUGUUUCGCGACAUCGACAUGGACACCGGCGAGGUCAGCUUCAGGGACCGCAUCGAGGAGGACACCGGCGAGGUUGACGUCGAGGAUGUGGUGUGCGCGAGGUGCGCCGACGGCGACGCGACGGACGAGAACGACAUCCUCAUUUGCGACGGGUACUGCGACCGCGCGUUCCACCAGCGCUGCGUCGUGCCGCCGGUCAAGGCGGACGAGAUUCCGGACGAGUGGCUGUGUCCGCUGUGCGACGCGCGCGUGGACUGCUUCUACACGCUCAACGCGGACUUUGACCUCGAGCUGGACGCCGCCGACGCCAGCUGGCGCGACGUCUUCCCGACCGAAGCGGAGUUGGACUCGAAAAAAGAGGGUCCGGGUCAGGAGAACGAGCGGCGCGCCGACAAGGGUAAGGGUUUGCUCGACGAGGACUGGGGCAGCGACGAGUCGGGGGACGAGGACUUCGCCGAGGGCGCAGACGGCGACGACGGCGACGACGACGACGACGAGCCCCUCUCCGGAUCCGCUCGCUCGGGCUCGGACUCCGACUCCGACGGGGACUCGGGCGAGCGGCGAAGGGUGCGAGACGCGAUGAACGCCGAGGCGGAGGUGUGCGUGGGUAAGCGCAGGAGGACCGCGGUGGACUAUCGCAAGCUGAACGACGAGAUGUUCGGCGAGGGGGAGGCGUUCGAGGGGGAGGCGGAGGACGAACGCGUCGGCGGUUGGGGGCCGUCGAGCCCGGGGAGGUCGAAGGACGCGGCGGCGAAACGGGGAAGAAGGGGCGAGGGGCGGUCGAGGAGAAGGUCGAGCGCCACCGACGCGGAAGGUCGCGGGGCGGCGGGCGGGAGUAAGGUUCGGGUUAACUCUAAACCUUCGACCCCCGCGUCCCCGAGGAGGAAGCAGAGUCCGGCGAAGAAGCGGACGGGUGCGCCGCCGCCGAAGAAGUUUUCGGAUUCGGUUCGCGCCGCGCUCGAGGCUUCGUUCAAUGCGAACAACUUCCCCUCGCAUCACGAGAUGGCGUCCAUCGGCGGAUCCAUCGGACUGACCGACCAUCAGGUGAAGGUGUGGUUCCAGAACCGCCGGCGACCGAAGAAACCCAGGGCGGCGGAGCAGAACGGAACCCCCGCGAAAUCUCCGUGA